GACGACGGAGGACACGACUGGUCCAUGAUGUUGAAGCUUUGGAGAUGGUACCAGCGAUGCCUUACGGUUCAUCCAUUGAAAACUCAGGUCAUCAGUUCCGGCUUUCUUUGGGGAUUCGGCGAUGUCACCGCUCAAUACAUCACUCAUUCCACUGCGAAACCUCGUCUUCUUCGUCUCACCGUUAGUCAUUCUCGAUCUCCCUCUCGUGACACACAUAAAGAUAAAGAGGCAGAUGCAGAGUUCAAGGUCAACUGGAAGAGAGUAGCUAUCACCAGCAUGUUCGGGUUUGGUUUUGUCGGACCUGUUGGCCACUUCUGGUACGAAGGCCUGGAUAAAUUCAUAAAACUGAAGCUUCGAUACGCACCAAAGACAACACGUUUCGUGGCAGCCAAAGUUGCAAUGGAUGGUCUCAUCUUCGGCCCCUUAGAUCUACUUGUAUUCUUCACAUACAUGGGAUUCGCCACAGGCAAGAACACAGCAGAAGUGAAAGAAGGGAUCAAGAGGGAUUUCUUACCGGCUCUAGCUCUCGAAGGCGGAGCAUGGCCGCUUCUCCAGAUCGCAAACUUCAGAUACGUCCCCGUGCAAUACCAGCUCCUCUACGUCAACAUCUUUUGCCUUAUAGACAGCGCUUUUCUCUCCUGGGUCGAGCAACAGAAGGAUGCAGCUUGGAAGCAAUGGUUCACUACUUCAUUUCAAACGCUCAAAGAACGAGGCGGCACAAGUGGAGUAUGA